GUGAACGGCCCUCGGCUGUGAUUGGCAGCUGCAGGUGUCAGGCUGCUGCUGUGGGCGGGGCUUGCUGUCACUGGACAUGUCCGCUCUCUGCUGGAAUCAACAGGUCUGAAGGUACCGAAGCUGCUGAACUGGACCUCUGGAGGGAGCAGGAUGUCCAAAGACCAGCUCAGCUUCCCGGACCUGCUGCUGUCACUGGACGGCUCAGAGCUGCAGGAGGUGGAGCGGGUCAGAGCCGCCAUCAACCAGCAGCUGAGUACGGACAGAGGAGGCUCUAUGUUGUCCUCUCUGGUGGAGCAUUACUUGGACUCCUCCUCCUCCCAGGCGGCGCUGCUGCUCUCCUCCAUCAGAGAGCCUCAUCACAAGGUUCUCCUGGAGAAGCUGAAUGAGGCUCUAAACCGACCUGGGAACAGAGUGGCAGCCAUCACCCUGCUGGGUCACCUGAUCAGGAAGCAGCCUCCUUGGGUUCAUCACGUCAGCCAAUCGCCCGUUCUGCCAUCGCUGCUGCGCUGCCUGAAGACCGACGGAGAAGUGGUGGUUCUGGUCACCGGGGUUCUGGUCCUUAUCACCCUCCUACCCAUGAUCCCUCAGGCUGGGAAGCAGCACAUCUACGACUUCUUCGACGUCUUUGGACGCCUAGUUUCCUGGAGCUACAGGAACCCUGGCCAGGUGUCUGCGGCGUACCUGGUCCACCUCCAUGCAGGCGUCUACUCCCUGUUCCACCGUCUCUAUGGGAUGUUCCCCUGUAACUUUGUCUCCUACCUCCGGCUGCACUACAGCAUGAAGGAGAACAUGGACACCUUCCAGGAGCUGGUCAAGCCGAUGUUGGAGCAUGUCCGGAUUCACCCGGAGCUGGUGACAGGGACCCAGGACCAGGAACUGGACCCAUCCAGGUGGAGGCGUUAUGAGGUGCAUGACAUCAUCAUUGAGUGCUCCAGACUGUCUCUGGACCCGCUGGAGUCGUCCUGUGAAGAGGACGUCCCCAACCCCACCCCUCUGUCCUCCCCUGCUUCUCACCUGGAUCCAAGCCACGCCCACCAUGAGGUGGAGCCAAUCAGCAGCUCAGGAAACUCCAUCAGUCAUCCUCAGCUGGAGCUGAACUCCUCCUUCCUGCAGGCUGAUGAGCUCAUCUGGAGCCCCUCCUGCGUCUGUGGUUUGGCCACGCCUCCUCCAGAGCCCGCAGCUACAGGCCCCACCCUCUGCUCCAUCUCAGACCCUUUUUUCUCUUCCGACCCUCAGCCAUUUUCAAAGAACGGCGGUGAGAAAGAUGUCCCACCACCAGCCGCCCCCUUGAAGCUCCUCACUCUCACCCCCAGCUGUGAUUCUGGCCUCCCCUCCCCCCUCUGCCUCACCCCUCCUCAGCCCCCUGCCCAUGUAUGUGAGGCCCCAGGCCCCGCCCCUCCCUAUGAGUCGCUGUUUGAUCUCGCCCUGCCUCGAGCGGCUAAACUCUUCAUUGUCAGGAAGACGCAGGAGGCGCUGGAGAGAUCUGGAGGGGAGCAGAAGAAGGAGGAGCAGAGCUCCAUCUCUCCCCUGAAGGUUCUGGACCAGAUGAUUGAAAACGGAAACGACGCUCACCAGCGUCUGAGCAGGAGGUUCUCAGCCGGAACCAGGUCCAUGGAGCGCAGUCAGAUGGGAGGUAAACAACAGAGCAUGAGAAGCAAAGGCUCCACCCAGGGGGAGGAGCUACAGGCCCUAAGGAGUCAGCUGCUGCUGGUUCACAGCCAGCUUCUCUACGAACGCUUCAAACGGCAGCAGCACGCCGUCAGGAACCGACGUCUGCUGCGCCGCGUCAUCAAUGCCACAGCGCUGGAGGAGCAGACGGUUGCUACGAAGGCGCAGCUCAGCGUGCAGAACCAGGAGAUCCAGGCUCUGAGGGCCAGUCUGGAGGAAGAACAAAGACGGUUCACCGAGCUGAAGCACGACACAAAGACGCAGACCGAGCUUCUCCACGCUCAGCUCCAACAGCUGCUGCUGCAACAGCAGGAGCAGCUGCAGGAGAACCUGCAGCUGCAGAGUGAACUUGCAGAAUCCCAGCGCAGGCUGCAGGACCUGGAGGCGGAGCUUCAGAGAGCCCAUAACAAGGCCAACCACGCCGAACGCCAGCUGAGCCAGCUGAGCCCUAAGCUGUGCAGCAGUGAGCAGCAGCAGCAGCAGAUCUUCCUGCUCAACCAGCAGCUCCUCCUGCUCAGAGAAACCAACCGAGCCCUGAGGAACCAGCUGGAGGGAGGAGGACCUCGCAGCUGGACGGAGGAGGCCAUGCUGCAGCACUGCGUGGGGAAGGACUUCCAGAGGCUGAAGGACUCAGACGUCCUGCAGAAACAGAAGCUGGAAGCGGCCAAUCACAGGAUAGCAGAGCUGGAGAACCAGCUGGCUAAGAAGGACAAGCUGAUCCUGGAUCAGAAGAAGCUCCUGGAGGACACCAAGAACCGGAGCAGGGCGGAGCUGUCGGCCUCAGAGAGUCGCUGCGUGGCCCUGAGAAGAAGCGCCCAGAACCUGCAGACCGAGAUGCUGCUGCUCUACAGCCAGGUCCACCUGGACCCGAGUCCACACAGCCGGGCUCUGGACGUCAGCAGCAGGCCAGUCAGAGAUGCCGCUUCCUCACCCAUCGCUCUGGACGCCAACAAGUCCCGCCCCCCCUCUUCUUCUGCUGUGGGAAUUAUCAACGGUGCCAUGGAGGCCCUCCCUUCCUCCUCCCCCCUCUCCAUCUCCCCCUUUGACUCCCCGCUGGCCGUCGGAUCCUUCCUGGAGCAGCAGGCCCGCCGGCUGUUCGGGCCGAACAACCAGAACCCAGAGGAGGAGGAGGAGGAGGCCCAACCAGAAAGUCCUCCACUGGGUCAGGAGGUGGAGGAGGCCACCCUGCUCACUGGGAGUCCUCAGGUGGAGUCCCCCCUUCCUGCUGUGGUCCCCGCAGACUUGGCCCCCGCCGUCCGCCAGCGCAGAGACGAGCUCAGCAUCAUGGACUACGACAGGUCGCUGCCCGAGUUCUUAGAAAGAGCAGAGGGGGGGCCAGAGGUCAGAGGUGAACGGAAGCAACACUUAAAGCAGUAACAGACUGGAUGGUAGCCCCGCCCACAGGAAGGCCUGUAGCUCCGCCCACGGCAGAGCCUGAUGGAUCUACUGCUUCAGGAAGCUGAAUGUGGAUCAUCUGGUCGGCCAGACCGCUCUGACUAUUUACCGCCUGUUUCCAGCUCAGAUCAUCCAUGCAGUCGUUCAUUUGCAGCCUGAGAACUCCAACAAUAAAGACUGAGUGAAACCUC